AUGGGCUCUCGAAUUCGAGACAAGGCAGAGCAUUUAUUUGAGGUCUUCCUGGAGAUUGCAAAGCCAAAUGGCAAAGAUGAUGUUCCCAUCAUCCUGCAACAGUAUCCCCCAGAUUAUGAUGACAAGGAAGCCUUGAUGAUGAUCCCUCGCUUUGCCUUCCCUUGUGCAGCCGAAGUGUCACAGGUGGACCAUUUUACAUUUGUGCUCACUGACCUGGACAGCAUGUUUAGAUUUGGAUACUGUCGGCACACAACUGGCUACCAGGGCUGUUUAUGCAUUAUUAGCUGGCUACCUUGGUAUGAGAUUUUCUACAAGAUGCUGGAUCUUCUGGCUGAGAUCAUCAACCGGUCAGAGAACAAUCACGUGACCAGCUUCUUACAUACAGCCUACACUCAGGAGGUUCCUUUACCAAAGAUACCUGUAACAAUUAUUUCAAAUCAGGAUAUGUUUAGUUUUACAGCCCCGGAUCCGAAUGUUUUACCCAGAAUUCCUAACAAUAGGAAUUUGACAGAGUAUUACAAUGCUGUGGAUCCAAGUAAUAUGAUGCUUAUUUUUGCAAGUAUGCUUCAUGAGCGCCGCAUUUACAUGACUUCAAAAAAGCUGAGCAGAUUAACCUCCUGUAUCCAUGCAGCUGAGACAUUAUUGUAUCCCAUGCAUUGGCAACAUCUGUACAUUCCAGUAUUACCAGCUCAUUUGAUCGACUACAUCAGUGCCCCAAUGCCCUAUUUGAUUGGCAUCCACAGCACACUGGUGGAGAGAUUGAAACAGAACCGAGUGGAUGUCGGGGAUGCCGUGGUCGUUGACUUGGAUGCUAACACUGUGACCACAGACUACGAUGACCUCGGAGACUUGCCUGAAGAUGUGUCGAGCUACUUGAAGAGAAACCUGAAGACAGAUGUUAUCAAGAAUUCAGUUAUGAAGACAGGAGAUGCAAUAUCCAUGGCAUUUCUUAAUGCUCUAGUCAGGCUUAUUG